CGGAGAACGGGGCGUGGCUUAGCUACCAGACUUAGUCCCUGCCGUAGAUCCCGAUAGGGUGCCGGGCGGAGCCCAGGGCAGGAUCCGAGCCCCGGAGGGACGGACGGCACAGCGGACCUGGGGCUGGAGCGGCCGGCAGAGACAUUAGACGCGAGAACAAGGGGCAGACGGCAGGCAUUUGUUCACAAAGCGACUUAAAUGGGAGAACUCGCACUGAGAGAAGGUCCAGGAUAGACUGGAAGGUUCCUCGCAGCCCCCUUGGCGGUAGCAGCCCACCAGGAGCCACGUGGGAAUGAGUGGAAAAACGGGGGCCUCCAGAGGCCUCUUGCUGUGAAGCGAGAAAUGAUAAGUAGGAGCGAGUCAGACAAGGCUGGGCAGAACCAAGAGAGCGAGACGCACAGGAUGAUGGCGAGCAAAGUGAAAUGGGUGACAGACAUUGAGAAGUCGGUGCUCAUCAAUAACUUUGAGAAGAGGGGCUGGGUGCAAGUGACGGAGAACGAAGACUGGAACUUUUACUGGAUGAGCGUGCAGACGAUCCGGAACGUGUUCAGUCUCGAGGCUGGCUACCGCCUCUCGGACGAUCAGAUAGUCAACCACUUCCCCAACCAUUACGAGCUGACCAGGAAGGACUUAAUGGUGAAGAACAUUAAACGUUACAGGAAGGAGCUGGAGAAAGAAGGGAGUCCCCUGGCGGAGAAGGACGAGAACGGGAAAUACAUCUACUUGGACUUCGUGCCUGUCACCUUCAUGCUGCCCGCGGACUACAACCUGUUUGUGGAGGAGUUCCGCAAAAGCCCCUCGAGCACGUGGAUCAUGAAGCCUUGUGGGAAGGCCCAGGGAAAGGGCAUCUUCCUCAUCAAUAAACUCUCACAGAUCAAGAAGUGGUCACGGGACAGCAAAACGUCCUCGUUUGUGUCCCAGUCGUCCAAGGAGGCGUACGUCAUCUCUCUGUACAUCAGCAACCCGCUGCUCAUCGGGGGGAGGAAGUUUGACCUGCGCUUGUACGUGCUCGUGUCGACGUACCGGCCCCUCCGCUGCUACGUCUACAAGCUGGGCUUCUGUCGCUUCUGCACCGUGAAGUACACCCCGAGCACCAGCGAGCUGGACAAUAUGUUUGUGCACCUGACCAACGUCGCCAUCCAGAAACACGGGGAUGAUUAAAAUUUCCACGGGGGGGGGUUGGUGAACAAUUUGCGGUUAUAUCUGGAGAGCACACGCGGGAAGGAGGUCACGGGCAAGUUGUUUGAUGAAAACGGAAAUUAUUUUGCUGAAAGUAGUUUGUGGGGUUGUCCUGUGAUGAACAAUGACAAGCACUGCUUUGAAUGUUAUGGCUACGACAUCAUCAUUGAUGACAAGCUGAAACCCUGGCUGAUCGAGGUUAACGCGUCCCCAUCUCUUACCUCCAGCACGGCCAACGACCGAAUCCUCAAGUACAACCUGAUCAACGACACCCUCAACAUCGUGGUGCCCAACGGGGAGAUCCCCGACUGCAAGUGGAACAAGUCCCCGCCCAAGGAGGUGCUGGGCAAUUACGAAAUUCUGUGCGAUGAAGAGUUAGCCCAGACCGAGGGGGCCGAGCGAGACCUCAGGAACCGUUCCGGGCCGUCCAUCGGGCUGAAAGGCAGUCGCACCAGAGAGACGGGCAAGACCGCCCUGACCACGUGGAAGUAGCCGUGCGGCGGGAGCAGGAGCUCGGCGGGGUCCGAGCGCGGCAGCCCGAGGGUCGGGGGGGCCCGGGCUCCUCCCGGGGCGCGCUCGGGCCGCCCGCCUUACUCUGCCCGCCCCCUCCCUCGCCCCCUUCUCCCCUCCUUCCCUCCUCCCUCCUUCCCCCUUCCCUCCUCCCUUCGGUGACAAGUUACCUGGGAGCAGUGCGUCCCCUGGGAAGAGCCGAACGAGACCCUUCCCCGUUUCCGUCGCCGCUGGACAGAAUUAGUUUUCCAACCGAGAGCCGUCAUCCUUUGCAUGUCAGGGAACCGAAUAAACGCCAUUGCGGUUU